AAUUGGAAGRAGGAGGGGGCGGGGAGGCGGCACGGGUGCUGUUUCUCCAGUCUCUUUCCCCUGUCUUUGUCUCACACUCUUUUGUUAGCCAUGCCUAGCCUGCUGGUUCUAGCAGGGAUCAUGGAGAAAAAUGGGGGCUACGGCGGGGAUCUAGCCGGCUCCGGGUUCGGAAGCGAAGGUCUCCUWGUGCCACCCGACGAGGAAGAAGACGACUCCCGUGCCCUGAGGGUCGCGCUGGGCCAGCUGUCUCUACUGGGGCUUGKUGAAGGCGAGGACGGUGGCGGGGCUCCUGGAACGGGAGUACAGGAUCGGAGUAACAAUAACAAUAACCAUCACAACCAUACCAAUAAUAUUGGCGGAGGURKUGGUGACACAGGGCUUUUGCAAGGGAAGAACAAGUUAUGUGUCCUGUACGAGGGUUCUUCAAGUGAGACGAAAGGACGAGGCUGCAACAUAACAGAAUGCGUCCCCGUGCCCAGCUCAGAACAUGUGGCCGAAAUAGUGGGGAGACAAGGUUGCAAGAUCAAAGCCUUGCGGGCCAAGACCAACACCUACAUCAAGACUCCCGUGAGGGGCGAGGAGCCGGUGUUUCUCAUCACGGGCCGAAAGGAGGAUGUGGCCCUGGCCCGGCGCGAGAUCAUCUCUGCCGCCGAGCACUUCUCCAUGCUCCGAGCUUCCCGCAACAAGCUGGGUGUGUCGUUCAGCGGUUCCCCGCCUGCGCCUCUGCCGGGCCAGACCACCAUCCAGGUGAGGGUGCCCUACCGCGUGGUGGGGCUGGUGGUGGGGCCCAAGGGUUCCACCAUCAAACGCAUCCAACAGCAAACCUGCACCUACAUYGUCACCCCUAGCCGAGACCGUGACCCYGUCUUCGAGAUCACGGGAUCACCYAGCAACGCCGAGAGGGCCCGUGAGGAGAUCGAGGCGCACAUCGCAUUCCGAACGGGAGGUCUGCAYGACCACAACAACGAGAAUGACUGCUUGGGGCCGGAUGGCGGCAGCCCAGUAGGCUCCGGGGGUCUGGAGAGYCGCCUGCAGCAGGUGUGGGGUCUGCAGGGGGGCCAGCGCAAGCCRUUGACCAGYAGCUUCCGCCAGAACUUCUCAGAUGCCAUGGUUGGAGGAGGRGAAGGAGGUGGGGUAAUCUWCAGCAAGGGCAACUUCAACAGCCCUGGAGAGAAGCCCUGCUCCUACUUUGGCUCAGAGGGCACCCAGAGUUGGGGAGACCCAGACUACCCAAAACAGGUGGCUUUCUAUGCCCAGCAGCGCUCCAAGAGCUUUGGAGGCCUGCCCCUGCCCCUAACCAGACUCUCUCCAGGCCUUUCUGACCCCUGUGGAGGGAACAACGGCAACUCCUCGGGCACCAGCAUCACUAUUCUGUCUGGCUCGCCUCAUGCCCAGGCCCGCCGUGCCCACAGCGAGCCAACCUCGGGCGUGGGGUUCCCUGGACGCCUCCCUGUACCGGACUCGCCACCGGCCAUCCUCCGGGACUGCAUGACCUGCUUCGAGAGCAAAGUGACGGCCGCCCUGGUGCCCUGCGGCCACAACCUCUUCUGCAUGGAGUGUGCCAUCCGCAUYUGUGAGCUCAACCAUCCAGAGUGCCCGGUGUGCCACACCCUGGUCUCUCAGGCUAUCCGAAUAUUCUCCUAAAAAACACCACGUCAGUUUUUAUCAUUCGUUUUAUCACAGUGUUUGUUUGACAUUUAUUUACUAUUAUUAUUAUGAUUAUUAUUAUUAUUAUUAUACUUUUCUCAGAAAAUUUUAAACAAACAAGCAGAUAUUUUAGAAGGCACUGCUUGCUUUACUAAAAAGUAUAAGAAAUAUUUUGAAUUUUUUCUUUUAUAUAUAUAUAUAUACAUAUAUAUUUUAUAAAAGUUUUGUUUAUAAGAAAAGUAUAGUACCUAGCAUUUUUUCUGUUUUUUUUUACUGCUGCUGUUUUUCAUUCACGAAUCACAGUGUGGGCGGAGUAGAUAGGAACGUGAACAUUUUACGAUUCAGAUUUAUUUUACCAUGAAGUUGUUUUAUAUGGAGGAAUGGAAGGAGGUGAUCAUUGAGGUUCAGUUUAACUCCCUGGUAUCUUAUCUGUACCUGAAUGAUAUAGGAUGUCAAAAUCAAACAGAAGGAAAAAUAUUUAAUCUUUCAUUGCACCUUACAAUCGUCUUAGUUUUGGAUAGUCAGAUUAAUGAUUGUCAAUCAUCCAGAAAAAUGACGUAACUGAUGAAAAGGUAAAUCCCCCAAUGUGGCAAAAAAAUAAAUGGAACAAACUGUGA